GCUUUGAAGGACUCUCUUCUUUGAUGGUGCAGAUAGAUGACAGAAGCGUAUCAAACUUUGUAUCUGGUAUCAUAAAGGCCUUUUGUGUGUCCGUGCAGAUGCAUUCAGUUUUGAGAAGCAAGUGAAAAAAUCUUGAUGCACGCUGGUAAGAUGGACAAAAGAGUAUGAGUUUUAAAUGCAGUCUUGGAGCUGUGUUCCCUGGCCCCAGACAGAACCAGUUGAAAAGGAGCGAAGCCCCUUUCUUGAUGCCCAGCAUCCAGCUCGUUCCACCUCCAGGAGUGAAAGAUUUAAGAACAUGUGGGUCGUUGGGAGGCAAGAGUAAACACAGGAAGCAACAAACGGCAGAAGGUGUCGUGAUGCGAAAUCUGAAUUGCUGGGGUAGCACAGGGGUGCCGGAGAUAGAGGAUGUGGAAAAAGAGAAGGAAACCCACAGUUACCUCAGCAAAGAGGAAAUCAAAGAGAAAGUGCAUAAGUAUAAUUUAGCAGUCACAGACAAGUUGAAGAUGACCUUGAAUUCAAAUGGGAUUUACACUGGCUUCAUUAAAGUGCAGAUGGAACUCUGCAAGCCUUCCCAGUCUUCUCCGAACCCUGGAAAACUCGCUCCCAGCAGCAACGGCUACAUGAACACGCUUCACAUCAGCAGCACCAACACUGUCGGAGAGGUGAUCGAGGCCCUGCUCAAAAAGUUCCUUGUGACCGAGAGCCCUACCAAGUUUGCACUUUAUAAGCGGUGUCACAGGGAAGACCAAGUCUACGCCUGCAAGCUCUCAGACCGGGAACAUCCGCUCUACCUGCGUUUGGUCGCAGGGCCCAGGACGGACACACUUAGUUUUGUUCUUCGUGAACAUGAAAUUGGAGAGUGGGAAGCCUUCAGCCUGCCAGAGCUACAGAAUUUCUUGCGGAUCUUGGACAAGGAAGAAGAUGAGCAGCUCCAGAACCUGAAGGAGCGCUACGCAGCCUACAGACACAAGCUGGAAGAAGCCCUCGGCGAGGCGUGGAAGCCCGGGUAACGCGUGGGGGCUCCCUGCCUCUCGGGCUCGGGGACGGCGUGGGACCUGCGUGCAAACCCAGCAGCCGGUGUCUCUCCUGUCGGAGGGCGGUUUUCCUGCCCCAUGAUGCUCGGGCCUUUCCCCUGAACGAAAUCUCUAGGCCUAGUUCCCCACGCUGGUCACGCAGCACCUCGGCGCCCUCCGGGAGGGAUCCUGCACGCUUGUUCGGUUUCGGCACCGCGGUCUUACCUCUCGGCAAGCUGUGAACCUGUAGUCUCAUCUGGAGCAUUUUAGGGGGCUUUGAAGCAUGGACUCUUGGGUCGGUGUUUUUGUUUUUCUUCUUCUUUUAGCUCGUUGUCCUUAGGAUGUGAUGAGGAUGUGAAGCUGAAGGUUGUGCCGGCGCUUCAUUGGAAGCUUAGCAAGGAAUCAGUUGGAAUACUUAUCCUAUGUUGAAACUACCUGUUGGUUUAGGGGGUUUUGGUGUUUUAAAUGUCAGAGAAAACAAUCUGUGGGAAUUGAAGGGCACAGGAAGCUAGGACCUCUGAGGAGCUGGUGAAGGAUUCUGGAGGAGUCUGACCAAGAAAGUGAAGAGUACGUUUGGAAGAGGGUGGGUGGAGGCGGGGAGCCCUGAGGGACAGUGGUUUGGGCCAGGAGUGGAGGGUAGAGGAGGAGGUGAAUUUGCUUGUCGAUGAGUUAAACGCUUUCCGUUUUGAGACGUUCAGUUUAGAGACCUUAAACCCACUGUCUAUGGCUUGAUGUCCUGGUGAGUCAAAUGUGGGAACAGAACCAAAGAAAGUAGGAGCUCGACCGGAAGGAGGGGCUGACCGCAGCGGAGCAGGGAACCCAGCGUUCAGGCUGGUGGAUCUUCAAACGGGACAGAGCUGCCCUCUCGGCUGCCAGCCCCCAUUCGGCCGUCUCUUCGCGGGGUGCGCGGUCCGAUGGGUGCCACUUCUCUGGGCCGAGGGGCCGUGGGUCCUGAGCAUCUGCGAUGACUCCUGUGAUGUCACGGCUUCCCCCCAGGUCCUUUUCAAAGUGGAAAAGGAGUUUGGGAAGGAGGCAGCUGUUUGCCGCCUCCCCCCCCCCCAGUUAUUAGCAGCCGGGAGGUCGAUCCGGUGAAGAGCUCCCGGCACGCUUUGGUGACAAUCCCUCCCUCCUCUGCCUCGGCUUCCCUUUUUUUCCCCCUCGCUCCUCCCUCCUUCCCUGUACUCACUUCUUUCCCUUCUCCCUUUGUUUUACAAGUUGAAGCCUCAUCUUACACAGAGCGGAACAGUGGUGUGGGUUAAAGACCCAGGACUGUCAGAUCCUCAGUUCCAAAGGGUGACCACCUGACUGUAAGGAGGAGGGUAGUGUCCACCGGCCCUCCCACUUGACCACACAGGAGGGGGUUCUUUAUGGAGGUGUUUUCACACAAGUGCAUGUUCCUGCAAACCAAAGAGUGCGUGUGCAAUAGGAGCCUUCCUUGGAGCAAGUGAAAUAACCUCAUUUUACACAGCAGUUAAUCUGAAAACAACAGGAAAGGUGUGCUGUGCUUCUGGAGUGGCCUUACAGUCUGUUUUUAGUCUAGAUGUUGUUUGUUUAUAAAUUCCCAAGGAAUUGUUAACACUUUGGUGACACCUAAUGGAUUCUUUUUGAAAUUCCAAGGUGCUUCAGUUCUUUGCCUCUUCAGUGAACUGUGGCUUUUUUUUAUUGCAUUUCUUUGUUCCUUGUGGUGGCCCUUCUGACUUUUCAGAGAACACCCUUCUUGUUGGAGGCAGAUGUAAGUGUCGCUUCUGCUUUGCCACAUGCAUUACUGAGACAAUCGUAUCUUCCUAAGCUUUUUAAGGAAAGUUGGAAAGAAAAAAAAAAGUAGAACUAGCUAUAAAAUAUGUAUGGCACCUCUUGUUUAAUUUUGCAUGCAACUUCUUUUUCGUGCAUUAAUGAGGUUUUAGUGACAUUGUCAUCUAACACUUUACCUUCAUUGUUCAGGGAAUGCCUUCAUGAUUUUUGUACUGGUUUUACUAUUCAGAGAAUGGCUUGGGUGUGAGGAUACUGUUAUCAACCACCUGGUCUUUUAAUUACCCAUCCCAGUAAGCGCUUAUUUUGUGAAGCCUUAUGUUUCUCAGAUUAAGACACUGUUAGAACCUUAAUAUAGUAGUUGAUGGGUAUCUGUGAAUUUUUUUUUUUUUUUUUUACUUGAAGUAGAUUGUCUAAAUUAGGCAUCCUCAUCUGCAUUAUCCGGGACCUCGCUCACUGUCAUGUGCACUACAAGUCGCAAUUUGGAAAACUGUGUCGCAAUCCUGUUGGUUCAUGGUUCUUGAAGACCGACGGUCUUUCCCAAAACACUGGCGACUGCAGCAGCAUUUUUAAUGUGUAAAAGGCCACUGAGGCCAAAGAUUUUUUAAAAAUCAUUGUACAAAUUCUGAUGUUAAACUAUUAAGCUUUGCUGUAAUACUGUUUUCUCUUCAAUAUGUGAUGGUACAGGAACGAGGUUAAAUGAAGGGGUUGUAUUGCAGGGGAGCAUUUUAAAUCGCAGAAGUAAAAAAAUUAUAAUAUUUAUAAUUUUGAUGAAUUUAAGUUUAUUUUUAUGGGGAAGAGUUUUCUUCUCUAAAAUUGUUUCUGGAAUGGCAAAUUGUUUCCAUUAUUAAAAGUUGAAGUUGUUAA